UGGUGCAGCACCAGCGGAAGCAGAUUCCAGAAGAAUCCGGAACAGUAGAAGGACUGAUGCUGAUCGUUUAAUCGAAAGUAAAAAUGUCCACAGUGGAGUUUCUGAUAAACUUUGUCAACGAGCGGCUGUCUGCCGCCGUGGAUGAAAUUUUCACGGUGUUUGAAAACACGAUCGUCAAAUACGAGCAGGACAUCGAGCGGCAGCGCAGGCUGCUGGAGAGCUUCUGGAAGCCGGAGAUCAAGCUCCACAGGAUCGACCACCCACAGCUCCACAUCACUGCAGCAGAGAAGGUUCCUCCUAAAAAGCGUCUCUGUAACCAGGAGAGGAACUGCAGCCUGAACCCGGAGCAACCAGGGCCUCCUCAUGUUAAACAGAAACAUAAGAAACUGUUGUCCAGUCAGGAAGAAUCAAAGCGUCCACAGAUUAAAGAACAGCACAAACUCAGGAGAGAGGGAGUGCAGUCGGCACUGAAGCGUCACACCGAGAGCUUUAUGGCGACUCCUGUUUAUGAGGAAUGUAGGGAACAGGAACCAAACGACGGCCAGAUCCUCUUUCACAACUCCCCAAACUGGAGUCCGGUAGGAAGGAAGCAUGUGAGGUCAGGAUCAGCCGCAAACAUGGAUGUGAAACAAAGAAAGAAGCGCAGAAGAAAGAAAAGUGACAGAAACUGUGUAGAAAACUCUCACACAUCCAAGAGUCAGCAUAAAAAAUCUGUAAAAUGUGAAGUGGGAAAAAAAAAAAAAACUUUAUGAAAAAGUCCCAAAUGCUGAAGCUCCACAGGAUCCGCACACGUGAAGCUGCAGACCUGUGACACAUAGUUGUAGGUUGUAAAUUGUCACUCCACACGAGAAGUUGUGCACAAAUACAAAACCUGCUGGAAAACAUGGCGACCUGACAGCGUGAAACAAGCGUUUGGAAACCCACAGAGUGGGCUUAGCUGCAUGCUGGGAAAGCCUCAGAGCGUCCACAUUAGAAGCCACAGAGGCUGUGCUUUCUCAGGCCUGCGAGAAACGAUUUAAACACAUGAACGUGAGCUGCCUUUACCCCGUCACACCUGUGGGGAAGGAUUUACCAUUACAUGGAAUAAAAAAGGCACAAAAUAUCUCUGGGGCAAAAUAUGUUUUGAGGUCAGUCACAAGCAUUUCAUAAGUUUCAAAGAUUUUUAUUUGCAAAUAAACUGCUGAACAAGUUGAUGUUUACGGUGUCGACGCGGGCUGGAUCUCAGCUUCUGGGUCAAUCCUGAUUGUUGCUGAUCCACUCCGGCUUGAUCACAGCUCCAGGAUCAGUUUGUCAGCUUCUGCUCUCCCACCUGCUUUUUAAGGUUUGACCAAACUAACUGUCAGUACGAUGACAAUCUGAACGUUUUUCAGCAUAUUGUUAUACAAGAUGUAACUGAUAACCAAGUCGCUCGAAGGAGAAUCAAAUGAACAUUUUGGAUCUGUGGUCAGGAAACUCACAGGAUUUUAGCAUCAGCACUGUAAACAGUCUUUGCAUACAUUUGAUUUAUUUGGCAAUAAAACUCUUUUAAACUUGUGGUUCUCAACUACAUCAUAAAAUCGCGUAAAACAGCAAAUUUGUGGCAGUACAAAAAACUUUUGAAAGGUCUGUAAAUGCAGAUUAACAGAGCGUGCUGUGAGGUCGUCUUUGAGUUUCUUUGAGGUCCUGGAGGAAAAGCUUACACGUUUGCACCACGUGUGUAGUUGCUGAUGUCAAAAUUAGAAACAGAUUGUAAAUAUUCCAUUAUUUUUGUUUUGUUUUAAUAAAUGAGGUGAAUUAAAGACAGAAGCUCUAAAUUCUAAAUAAUGAGUUUGUUAUUGAGUAAUCGUGCAUGUCCUUUCAGCUGUUUUUAUUUUAUUAAUCAUGUAAAAAUGCAUUCGUUGUAUAUAGAUUGAUGCUGCUGAUGUUUUGAAGACGCUUCAUCAUCUUUUCACUGUUCAGGUUUUUUAAAGUGAUGCUCGAGUUCUGGACGUUUUCUUUAAUAAAUGAUUCACAAACUAA